CGAGCAGCAUUUACGGUACUUACUAGACAAGUACAAACAGUGUGACAAGAAUACUCGUAAUCGUGCUGUACUACUUCUACUAGUUUCUAUCUCCCCCACCUACGUUUCGAUAGUACGGACUCGUAGUACUCACCGUACGUAAUGUAUCGUCCAGUACCAUACUGUAUCUUUCGUKUUUACAGUCGUACCGUAUCGUAUCAUUGCGAACGAAAUUCGAAAAUGGAUUUUGAUAUCUGACUCUGUAGUGUGUUAGUAUUCUGUUCGAUCAGAACUGGUCGCCGUCUUCUACGAUUGAAAUUUCAGAGCAGACCGCAAGAGCCUAUCUCUGCUGUCUCCAACGGAAGCAUACGCUGCGCGAUUGGCAUCCGCCCACUGUAAUCGUACAUCAAACCAAGUGCAGAGCUCUUCUAUCGGGACGGACAACGGAUACAGCAUUCCCCAGGAAAGACAGCACAAUGGUGCUUUCGAACAGCGAUGAACGAAUUCAGAAGGUUGUCUUUAUCCGGCACGGCAUAGCCCGACACAACCUUCCCGAUCCAUCGACGGGGCGGCCGUGCGACCUGAGAGACCCCCGUCUCCUGGAUCCUCCGUUGGUUUACCAGGGAAAGCAGCAAGCACUCUACGCGGGCUACAGACUCAAGGAAUGGUGGCGAGCGACGCAGCCGGGGGACAACGUGAAAUUGGUAAUAACAUCCGUAAGUAUCAUAUCCUACGACGACGARUGGCGACAAAUUCGCCUUSUUUGGUGCCACCGUUCGGAUUGUUUUGGAAACCGCUGCUGUCGAUGGUCGGCAAAUGAUGCACAAAGAAUGAUUCCCAAACUUGCUAGUGUACCCAUCUUACAAACAUGCCAAAAAAUACCCAGCCUUUGACACGGUGUAUUCAGACAUCCACCCUGGCCUUCUUGCCGGGGGACGGAUAUACGUCUUCCGAGCAACCACACGAGCCGUCGUUUUUUUGCACGGAUCUCUGUCGAGAAGCUUUCGGAAUGCACUAUCCGGACAGACGAAGAAAACGGUCGUUGCUGAUGGUAAGCGCUCGAACUGAAUGGACCAAGCAUCGUAGGUUGUACAGAGCAGAGAGUAUGCUCCUCGGACAAUUUAUAUAUCUUCAUUGAUGCUUACAAAAAUUACAAAUGCUGUGUGUGUGCGGAACACAAAAAAAGAAAUAUUGGCCGAUCCUACAAAUGGAUCCUGCGAUGAUGGAGGCGGACGAAAGCUGGCGAAGCGACACGCGGGAGACGCUGGUAGACCUCGGGAUCCGGAUUUCUCUCUUUCUGAACCUAUUGGCGAGCCGUCCCGAAAGCAGCAUCGGAGUGGUGACGCACGGGGUGUGGCUGGAGGASUGCUUUCGGCUUCACUGUCCGGCUGUUCUGGACCACGGGAGAAAACGGGUCCACAACUGCGACACGUUUGUGCUGGAGUGCGUGUCACGCGAAAGAGAGUUUUUACGACUCCAGAAUCCCCUCCAAAUUACCUGAAUGCUAUGCAUGUAUGUUUCUACUUGGUCGUUGGACGSCUCUGGCACUCCAAGCCAAUUUCACGCCGUUUCAUCUCCCCUUACCAACAUCYCUCCCAAAAUGCAAUGAUUGAUUUUGUGGUAUCCUUUCCUUURCGAUUGCGUGUUGCAUGUUUUGCGCCGCUGUCUUUCCUCCUUUCACGGAGAUUGUUAGAAACAUUAGACACACGCAAUCUCAUGAUGGACUUUUCUAGUAUUAAAGCAAGUUUUGUUAC